GAUUCGGGUCAUGUUGAGUUUUUGGCUUAAAAAAUCGGGUUUCGGGUCAGGUUCAAGUUUUGGUUUUAAAAGUCGGAUCGGGUUCGGGUAUAGUAGUAUCCGACCCGAACCCAACCCAUUGCCUUCCCUAAUUAGAACAUGGUGUGCUCUGAUUAUGCACCGACUGAGUAAAACAAGUUGGCCAAAUCGCUCCACCGGUGAGAAGAACAGAGAAAAAAACGAAAACCAGAAGCCCGAGAACAAUAAGAAUCAGAGAAUCGCUGUGGGAGGGAGAAGAUGGGAUGGGGACGGUGGUUGUUCGAAGGCGUAAUAGCAGUGGGUUCUCUAUUGCUGCUAGGCUGGGCCGGGCUAUGGUUUCUGAACCGGAGGCUCUACAAGGAGUACGAGGAGAAGAGGGUGCUUGUGCAGAUCAUCUUCAGCGCCGUCUUCGCGCUCUCCUGCAAUCUAUUCCAGCUCGUCCUCUUCGAGAUCAUCCCUCUCCUCUCUAAAGAGGCAAGAUGGAUAAAUUGGAAGGUGGACUUGUUUUGUUUGAUAAUGUUACUAGUCUUCUUGUUGCCUUAUUAUCAUUGCUACUUGAUGCUUUGCAACAAUGGUGUGAGAAAGCAGCGAGCUGCAGUUGUUGCUACCUUGUUCUUGAUGGCAUUCCUAUAUGUGUUUUGGCGCAUGGGCAUUCAUUUCCCAAUGCCUUCACCUGAUAAAGGAUUUUUCACCACACCUCAGCUUGUGAGUAGAAUUGGCGUUUUCGGAGUCACUCUCAUGGCUAUACUUUCAGGCUUUGGGGCAGUAAAUUUGCCAUACAGUUAUCUGUCUUUAUUCAUUAGAGAAAUUGAGGAAUCAGAGAUCAAGGCAGUGGAAAGACAGCUAAUUCAGUCUCUUGAGACCAGCAUUGCCAAGAAAAAGAAAAUCAUUCUCUGCCAAAGGGAAAUCCAGCGAAUUCAAGGAGCUGAAGAGAAAACAAAUGCUAGUUCCUUUCUAAAACGAAUUGUAGGAACAGUUGUGCGAUCUGUUCAAGAUGACCAAAAGGAGCAGGAUAUAAAACUUUUGGACGCCGAGGUACAAGCUUUGGAAGAACUCUCAAAGCAGCUUUUUCUGGAAAUUUAUGAGCUUCGCCAAGCUAAGGAAGCUGCUGCUUAUUCCCGUACAUGGAAAGGUCACAUGCAGAAUCUUUUGGGCUAUGCUUGUUCUGUCUAUUGUGUGUAUAAAAUGAUUAAGUCUUUGCAGAGUGUUGUCUUCAAGGAGGAUGGUUCUAUUGAUCCCGUGACACGGACAAUCAGUAUAUUUUUGCAAUAUUUUGAUAUAGGAAUAAAUGCAACAUUGCUGUCACAGUAUAUAUCCCUCUUAUUUAUUGGGAUGCUGGUCGUCAUAUCUGUAAGGGGGUUCUUAACCAAUUUGAUGAAGUUCUUCUUUGCAGUGUCGAGAGUUGGGAGCGGGUCAUCUAGCAAUGUGGUGCUUUUCCUGUCUGAAAUAAUGGGGAUGUACUUCGUGUCAUCCAUUCUAUUGAUUAGAAAGAGCCUCGCAACUGAAUAUCGGUUGAUCAUAACAGAUGUCUUGGGAGGGGACAUUCAGUUCGACUUCUACCACAGAUGGUUUGAUGCCAUCUUCGUAGCCAGCGCUUUCCUUUCUCUGCUUUUGCUUUCGGCACAUUACACAUCACGCCAUGCUGACAAACACCCCAUUGAUUGAUCCAUUGAUUCACACACACACUAUUUACAUUUAGCGUACGUGAUGAACGGCCGUGUAUAUAAAGAUCGUUCUAAUGUGAACAUUCUCACUUAUGCCCCAUGUAAAAUGUGUUACAAUACUUCUUUCCCAAUAGCGAAACUGAGCUUUUUAUUAUACAGCAACAUGCCUUGGCAUAUUUAAACUAUAUUGACAUGUUGGUGGGUGUAGUUUUACUGGUUGAACAAAUAGUGCCAAAGGGG